AGCCGGAAGCGCCUGUACUUCCGGUUGGCGUCCCACGCGUGGUGCGCGGUGUUGUCUCUCAGGUGAGUUGCGUGGGCUUUGGACUCAACUCCGCGGCGUGAAGGACUGGCUCGGACCCUGCCUCCGCGGCGAGACCUGACCGCAUCCUCGCUCGGUGCGGGGCUCGGGAGGGCGAGGCUCGGGGUCCCGCACACGGACCACUGGUGAUUGCUGACGCUCAGGGGACCUCACCCAGCCACCCCACGGUUCUCGUGACCUGUACGGUGUGCAGCAGAGCGGUGGCCCCGGGGGAUCCGGCUCAGCCCCGCAGUCCGCAGACGGGGACGGUAGCUCCGGGUUGAAGCCGAACUUGGUAGAAAGGAGCUGACAGGAGUCGGAGGAUCAGAGCGAGCCUUAGGGAGAGCCAUUUCCAGACCUAGAUCGGAGAUGUGACGGUCCUGAAGUGGGCGUUGUGCGGACUGGAGCUUGCGUGCGUGUGGGGCUAGAGAGUGAAGCAUGGCUAAAAGCCUGCGGAGUAAGUGGAAGAGGAAGAUGCGGGCCGAGAAGAGAAAGAAGAAUGCGCCAAGGGAGCUCAACAGACUGAAGAGUAUCCUCAGAGUGGACGGGGAUGCUCUAAUGAAAGACGUUGAGGAGAUAGCAACCGUGGUGGUAGCCAAACCUCGCCAGGAGAAAAUGCAGUGUGAGGAAGGGCGGUGUGACGGCGCAGAUGAGGAAAAGGAUGACAUGAAAAUGGAAACUGAAAUUAAGAGAAACAGAAAGACUCUUCUAGACCAGCAUGGCCAGUACCCAGUGUGGAUGAACCAGAGGCAAAGAAAAAGACUGAAGGCCAAGAGAGAAAAGAAACGAGGGAAAAGCAGAGCAAAGGCCGCGAAGGGCCUGGCCUGGUAGACCUUAAAGACUGGCAAGGGAGACAGGCGUGGUGGUGCACCCCUUUCAUCCCAGCACUCAAGAGGUGGAGGCAGGUGGAUCUCUGUGAGUUCAAGGCCAGCCUGGUCUACAGAGCAAUUCCAAAGCACCCAGGGCUCCAUUACACAGAGAAACCGUGUCUUGAAAAUACAAGCAAACAAACAAACAAAAAACCCAGAAACUUUGUUUUCAGUUUGUACUUAGUUCUGUAAUUCAAACCAAAAUAACUCAUUUGUGUUAGAAACUUGAAUAAAAUCUCUUUGGUGAUGAAAGAAUGUUAUGCUGAAGUUGUGAUUGGAUACUGCCUGGCACUGAGUAUUGUAAGCAUUGAUGUGGUUAUAACUAUUUGAUCUUACAGAAUGGCCAUUGUACUCAGUUCCUCAGAUUAAACAUGCUUAUAUCAAAAUAGUAUAGGCAGAAAGCUAUUACAUUAUCAUAUUCAAAAAUAGGGUAUCAAGAGCCUGAGGAAGAGUCAACUUCUGUUUCUUGUUGGGUGGCUCAAAACCAACUCCCAAGGAUGCGCCCUCUUGUGGCCGUCACUGGCACCGACAUUCUAUGCACACCUUCCCACGCACUAAUAACUAAAAUAGUCUUAAAAAGGCCAUCAGUGGAUCUUACCAGUAGUACUUACUUGAAGUGUUUAUUUUUUUAUAAUUCAUAAUAAAUGAUAUUUUGCGUGGA